AUACCACCCUCAUCACCCACCAUCCAAAAGUGAUACUCACCAUGAAAACCUUCAUCAUACCUUUCCUUUUCAUCUUCUUCCUCUUCACUCUCUCCAUUUCAACCCGACCCGACCCACAGACCAACAAGCCCAAACCCAACAACAAGAAAGGUGGUGGAGACAUCGGCAGCGGCUACUUCGGACCCGGUUCAGGAGGAGGCGGGUUUAACAUACCCGGGUUUGGUAACAAUUGGCCCGGAAGUGGUGCGGCUGGUGGGUAUGGGGGAGGCUAUGGUGGGCCGAAAGGUGGCCACUCUAAAAGUGGGGUGAUCAGGCCCACUAUGGUGUGUAAGGAUAAGGGGCCUUGUUACAAGAAGAAGCUCACGUGUCCGGCUAAAUGUUUCACCGCCUACAGCCGCUCCGGCAAGGGGUAUGGUGGUGGUGGUGGCGGAGGUGGGUGCACUAUGGAUUGCAAGAAGUGUGUGGCUUAUUGUUAAUAUAUUUAUAUCUAUAUAUCUAUAUGGAUAUUAUAUAUAGAUAUUAUUUAAGUAUUACGCCGGAGUAGCUCGUUCUGUCUAGUUUCUUGCUAGACCGGUUUUCUAAUAUAAGUUUGACCGUUUAAAAAAAAAGUAUUAUGCCGGAGUACGGUGGUUGUGGCGGCGGUGGUGGCGUUUUACGGUUGAGAUAUAGCCUGUGGCCGGAUGUACUGCUGUUUUUAUUGAUAUGUAUGUAUAACACUUAUGUAUUUUUGAUGAGAAAGUUUGUAAUGGUAAUGUAUUAUUAUAUGAAAUACAUAUGUUAUAUAUUGUUAUUGGAUAUUUGUAUUGGAUAAA